AUGUGGAGGAAGUUCUACCGGUGCAAUAACGAUAAUGCGUUAUAUGGUUUAGGGAAUUUAGAAGGCUCAAGGCUUUCUUUUCUACGGGAUGGGACUCGAUGUGAUUUUUUCCGCUGGCAAGCGAGCUAUGUUGUUUUGUUAAUCAGGGAGGGAUUUGUCACUAAUAGCGACCAAGUCACUGAUUUCAUAAUGAUCGCACUUAAUGAUCAUAGCAAAGCCUUAGAGUCUCUUACCACAUCCAUCAGAGACACGAAGCGAAAGCUGGAUAACCUGGAGGAGUUCAUGAAGCAAGAGCUAGUGGUCAUGAAGCAAGAGCUAGAUAAGCUGAAGGCAGCCAUGGUUGAAAAUGAGGAAAACAAGAAAUCAAUGGAUUCUGCAUUGGAACUAAUGAAGGGUGAUCUGCAGAAACUGGAAGGGUCAACUACAGUUAAACCUAGGAUGUUGGGAAUGUGUUCACUGGGUUUGCUGCUUUUGGUGAUCUUGAUUGGGUGGUUUCUAAUGGGACUUAAGAAUGGGGAGGAGAAAUUCAUGCGACUUGUGCUGAACCCUUAG